AAGCAGUUAAUUAGAACACGAGCGAAGACGACAAAGAAGAAGAAUGGCGUGCCUUGUUAAAAUUGCCUGCCUCCUUAUCACUGCUAAUAACGCGCUGGGAUUCGAACGCUUUUCGCUGAAUGGGCGGUGGACCGUCAGCAGCAGCAAUGGAUCAAUAACCGUACCGAGCACCGUGCCUGGCGGGAUAUACACGGAUCUCAUGAUGGCGGGCAUAAUAAACGAACCGUAUUACGGCGACAAUGAUCUCGAGUACGAAUGGGUUGGUCAAGAGAACUGGACAUUCUACAGAAGCUUUCAAGUUCCCUUGCACAUUUUCCGUUACCACGCUAUAACACUCGUCGCUCACGGCAUCGACACUGCCUGCAAGGUGACACUGAACGGCAUUGACGUACUCAGAACGAGCAACAUGUUCGUCCGCUACGAAGUCGGCGUGAAAAUCACGCUUAGGAGAAACAACACCAUCGUGGUGAGCUGCGAGUCGCCGGUGCUGUACGCCCUUCGCAAGCACAUGGAGCGACAUGAGUCACGCUCCGUGUGGCCGACGUGUCCCCCACCGGAGCAGAGGGGGCAGUGUCACGUGAACAUGAUCCGCAAGAUGCCGUGCUCGUUCGGCUGGGACUGGGGGCCUUCGUUCCCCUCCACCGGAAUCUGGAAACCGAUUGAACUAGAGGCCUACAACGGAGCUGCUAUUCGAGAUGUUACUGUGACGACGACACUACAAUGGACGAAUGACGGAGUGGACAGAUGGGCCAUCGAAGUCGGCGUGUUCUUCACGCUGUUUCGACAUGCACCAGAAACGGGCACCAUAUUGAUUAGCCUGGAUGACAUCUUGUUGCGCACUACAGAGGUGAACUUCAUGAAUCUUAAAAAGCGCAACCUACUGUUUGCAGAUUACAGUGGAAUGGCGAAAAUUGCCGUGGGCAUCCCAGACACUAUAGCAAUAGAGCGCUGGUGGCCGACCGGCUACGGAAGUCAGAAGCUGUACCAGCUCAACGUGACCAUGUCUGUCAGCGGCGACCUGUGCGACAAGAUCAUCAAAUUUGGAUUUCGCACCGUCGAACUCAAGGAAGAUGCUAUCGACGAUAACGGCGCGGAGUUCUACUUUAAUAUCAAUGGUGUGCCAAUAUUCGCCAAAGGGAGCAACUGGAUUCCACCGGACAUCUUUCUGGAAAGGGUUAGGGAAGAGUACGUCAGAGAGCUGCUGCAAUCCGCCAAGGAUGCCAACAUGAACAUGAUUCGUGUGUGGGGCGGCGGCAUUUACGAGAGUGACUACUUCUAUUCCCUGGCGGAUGAACUUGGGAUUCUGGUCUGGCAGGACCUGAUGUUCUCUGUCAGCCUCUAUCCUGCAGAUAAUGCCUUUCUUCGCAGUGUUGCCUUUGAAGUGAAGCAACAGGUUCGUCGUCUUCAGCACCAUCCGUGUCUGAUCGUAUGGGCUGGCAACAACGAGAGCGAAAAUGAUUUCGUCAGUGAGAUAUGGGGACCUAUGUUCUCCCUUUUGGACGACUAUCGGAAACUGUUCGUGUACACCGUUAAGGCAGUUAUCGAACGAGAGGAAAGGUCCCGUCCGUUCCUCUCUUCGUCUCCAAGCAACGGCAGGGACGGCACCCCUUUCUUGCUGAACACUUCAGACCCGAGACAGUUGCGCCCGAACGAAAAAGACAUUUGGGCGCGAGGCUUGCCGAACAGCGAAAUACGUGGCGAUGUGCACUUCUACGAAUACUGGCAAAGUGGCUGGGAUCCGUCGGUUUACCCCAUUGCCCGGUUCGUGAGCGAGUUUGGUCUGCUUUCAUACCCGUCUGCUGAGACCAUGCAGAAAGUAUCGCCGGACUCGACGCUCGUGUUCCCAUUCUCGCCGUUCAUCAACGCUAGACAGCAUCACAGCGGAGGUUAUGAAGAAUUAAUUAUAGCGCUUCAGAUCCAUUUUGACAUAUUGAAACGUGAUUUAAAUAUCAGCGGCACAGAGGAGGGAUACAUCAUGGUGUCAUAUUUGAGCCAAAUUGUGCAAGCCGAAGGCGUCCGCACCGGUUGCGAGUCGUUCCGGCGUUGGCGCAGCUACCUCGACCAGGACGGCCGCGGCCACACCAUGGGCGUUCUUUUCUGGCAGCUCAACGAUAUCUGGCAGGCCCCGUCCUGGUCUUCCAUCGAGUACGGUGGUCGCUGGAAAAUGCUGCACUACUUCGCCAAGAAGUUCUUCAGUCCUGUGCUCGUGUCACCGUUUAUAGAUGGAAGUGAUCUUCGCGUAUUCGUCGUCAACGACAGACUUCUUCCGUUGCGACAUGUUUCGCUCAGCAUUAUUGUGCAACAGUGGACGUCGUUCAUUCCUUCCCAUUUGAUGGGAUUUAGGCUCACAGUGCCCGCUGCCAGCUCUAUGGACGCAGUCAAGAUAGAUUUGGAGUACCUGUGGAAUAACAGUUCGUGCUCAAAGGUCGAAUGCUUCUUGUGGUUCACGCUCGAAGACCCUUCGACCGAUUUUCCGCUCGCGCCAGAGGCCUACGUGCUGCCCGUCCAACCUGGCGACGCGCUACUGAGACAGGCGACGAUAACGGUGUCGUCCGUAACGGGACCAUUUUCUUCCGACCUGGAGCCAAGUGUGUACAAGUACAACGUGGAGCUUCUCACGGACAACGUGGCGCUCUUCGUGUGGCUCGACGCGCAGGCUCUGAGCGGUCGCUUCUCCGACAACGGCUUUCUCCUGAAAGAAUCCGCCAAGGUGGUCCAGUUUAGGACACCCGACAGCGUGACCCCCGAGCAGCUUCAAGGAGCCAUAGUUAUCUACAGCGUCUCGGAUUGCACGGUUAAGCCAGAAUGCCCUCCUGGCGUCCCCAGAAACGGGACGCUCGCCGACCCGCGACAAACUGCGUUCGGCAACGAGCGCGAAACGCUUGCGUGAAAGGCGGGAAGGAAAACGUGUGUGCUUAGAUGGUGCACGUUUCUAAAAAUAACGUUCUUUUAAAAGUAAUUUACGCGAUUUCUAUUACUUCGAGGUGCAAGUAGUGGUGAUAUUCGUUCAUGUUAGUUGAGAAAAAAAUCGAUCGCAUGAAUAACGAGUCCGUUUCUUUGCUCAGUUUGCUUGCCUCUGCGUACUUGGCAGAUGUCGUCGUCGUCGUCGUCGUCGUCGUCGCUGUUGUUGUUGUUGAUGUUGUAGCCUGUCACACGUGUGGCUC